AUGGAAGACAGGGGCAAUGAAGAACUUACUGAGGAUGAGGUGAUUCAGCAAAGAGCAGCCAAGAGACAGAAGCUAAUGCAAGAUCUCAAGUUAAAGGGAAUUGUUGGUAUAAAUAACAGUGUCCAGUCGGAAAAUAACAAUGAUCCAGAAAGUAAUAUACAAGAACAUUCUACAGAUAACAAUGUGUUAGCACAAACUGAUAAUAAUGUGUUGAGUGGGCCCCAACAAGAUAUGCAGGCAUCUGACUCGGACUCGGACUCUGAUGAUAUGUUUGAUAAUGAAGAAGCCGAUGUAGAGGUCAAAAACUCCAACCCCAACUCUGGUAAGCAUUUACAACUCCAUGAAAGUAUGCUGGACAACUGGGAUGAUGUGGAAGGCUACUAUAGAAUAAUUCCAGGAGAACUUAUUGACGAUCGAUAUCAAGUAAUGUCAACUUUGGGAAGAGGUGUGUUCGCAGCUGUAGUGAGAGCAAUCGACCUUAGUAAUAAUGGUUCGGGGGAAACCCAGGUUGGAGACAAUGGGGGUGCUACUACAGCAUCCGCGGGGGGCAGAAAAGAUAGAAGUACUGCUACUGCUAAAAACGGGUCCACUGGUAAAAAUAAAGUCGAAACCAAUCUUGUUGCAAUCAAAAUAAUUCGUAAUAAUGAAACAAUGACCAAAGCAGGAUUGAAAGAGGUAGAGAUGCUUGAAAAGUUGAAUGCCAGGGACCCCAAGCACGUUCGAAAUGUGGUUCGCCUACUCAGGUCAUUUGAACAUAAAAACCAUUUAUGCCUUGUAUUUGAAAACUUGAACUCCAACCUUAGAGAAAUCCUUAAAAAGUUUGGCCGUGAUAUUGGUUUGAACAUACAAGCAAUUAGACAAUAUUCAAAGCAAAUGAUCCAAGGGCUAGAUUUAUUGCGGGAAUGCGAGAUUAUACAUGCUGAUAUCAAACCUGACAACAUUCUAGUCGACGAUUCCAAGACAGUAGUGAAGAUAGCCGAUUUAGGGUCUGCACUGGAAUACAAUACAGAUAUGGAAGUCACGUCGUAUCUUGUAUCACGAUUUUAUCGUGCCCCUGAGCUACUGCUAGGACUAGACUACGAUUUUGCCAUUGAUAUGUGGUCGCUUGGUUGUUCAUUAUAUGAAUUAUAUACAGGAAAAAUAUUGUUCCCAGGUCAGACCAACAAUCAAAUGCUCAAACUCAUGAUGGAGUUAAAAGGCAAAGUGAACCAUAGGAUGAUACGAAAAGGGAAAUUCUCACUCAGUAAGGACUAUUUUAAUGGCGACAUGGACUUUAUCAGCCAUGAAACUGACAAAGUGACUGGAGAACCCGUUGGUAAGGUGAUCAAAGACGUUGGCCCAAAAGAGUCACUGAAAUUGAAACUGCGUGGGAUGGAAACCCCUGGAACAGAAGAGUAUGUUCUGCUUGAGCAGUUUGUCGACCUUCUCGAUCGCAUGUUGGCACUUGACCCCAGCAAACGUAUUAAGCCACAGGAAGCGCUGACACAUCCUUUCCUGGAUGGUUUCUGA